CUGCAACGCGUGCAGUUCGCCCGACUGCGCGCCGGGCAAGAAGCAGUGCAGGAUCCAUACUAAGACCGUGGGCGCCAUGAUGAGCGGAUUGAAGGAUGACAAGUCGGAGACAGGCAUCAAGGCGCUCAAAGAGUUCAAGAAUCUCCCAGCGAAUGCCCCAGAUACCCCACCCAGUCCUUGGAGCGAGUCGGUGCUCAGUUUUGAAUCAACGCAUCCUUCGAAGGGCCAGGGCAAGCCGAGAGGCCAUUCCUCCGCCGACGUGCAGCGCAUCCUCGACAAGCACGUGGCGAAGACGUCCAUGGCCAAGGGCUCAAGGCUCGUGAUGAUGCAUAAGGCGCAGUGGAUCAAGCUCCGUGUCAAGAAGCAGUGCUACCCCAUGGAGGAGGCGGAGAUGACUUGGAAAUCGGUCGAGGGCAAGUGCCCUGAGUCGGCUAGAGACAAGAUGGGCCCCAUAGAUUCACCUCUACGUCUACCGAUGCCAUCAGAGGACUACAUUGAUGCUGCGGCGAUCAUCGAACAAGUGAAGGAGUUGGAGUUGGCCUCGAAGUCCAAGAAGAUCGGCGCAGAGACUGACAUCGCAGCUGCACAGGCCGGCGUCAUCAAGAACCACGUCGGCUUUGGCAAUGACAUGUUCGAUUCUGUUGGAGGGCAGGCCAUCCUCGCCUCAGCGGGGUCAGGCGCAGCUUCCAGCGCUUUCGCUUCCGUCAUUGAGAACAAGAAGAUGCAGCAUCAGGAAUCCGACAGAACCCCGCCGUCGGCUCAGAAGAUAUUCGACAAGGACAUACAGCAGGUUAAGAUGCAUGACAGGGUGGCCAGUCAAAUCAGCAGCAUUCAAGGCAAGCUGGAAAAACUUGAGGAAGCGAAGGCCAAAGCGAUUGCCAUGACCAAAACCGAAGGCGGAGAGGAUCGCAGCAGGCCAGGCCAUCAUUUCGUGCCAGGGCUGGAUCGCAACCUGCAGCUGCUGAGCGACCGUUUCUCGCUGAUGCCGCUCACGCAGAUCAAGUUCCCAGAGGAUCCUGCGCCGUCGAGCUCGAUCGCUCUGUCGAACGGCAUCGAGGAGUCGGAGGAGCUCAAGCUCGCGUCGAAGAUUGCCGGCACCAUUAGUGAGACCAAGGCCGACCAGGAGAAAAAGCCCGUGGAGCCCGAGAAAGUUGAGGAGGCAAAGCAGACCCUGAAUCGCUCUAUUGCGAACCACAUCGGCAACAGCUUCGAAGGUAGCUUGAAGGGUUCGAUGCUCCAUGAGAUCAUGAAGGCGCGCGGCUUCGACAGCGAGACCGCGAGUUUGAACCAUGAUCUGCUCUUCCAAGACCUCUUGUUCCACAAGCACUACUUGGUCGCCGUGGCCAACCUUGAGGCGUUCUUGACCCAGCGGAACGCAGAGGGCAAGGCCUUGCCCGUCGUGCCCGAGGAUCUCGAUGCUGCGAGGCCGCUCAUCUGGUUCCAGGCUGGCCAACGCCGCAUCCAUCGCAUCGAGGACGAGAACGCCAUGAAGGCCAGUCAUGAUGCGAUUAAACCUGUGAAGACUUUCGACACCGCGGAGAAGCUGGCCGAGGCCAAGGACGCGGGGACCUUGGGAACAAGCGAGCCCUACAUCGUGAAGAGCAUGCCCGCAGUGGCUGCUCUCGUGGACGAGCGGAGCGUGAAGGCAAGCUUAGGCGUGUUUCGCAUCCAAUUCCCAUCAAGCGGCCAAGCUGUAAAAGACGGGCGCGGCUACACGCCGUUCCACAAUGAGCGGAGGGGCCGCCUCCGGGAGCUGAUGCUCUCUGCGGGCCCGGCCUGCGUCGUGGACGUGAAGAAGGACGGCGUCGACAACUUGGUGAAGACGACGUGCUUUCAAGCCGCCUUCUACGGCAAGAACCCAGGGUGUGUGGGCAUGGGGCAGUCGCGCCAAGGGCUGGCGGUCAUGAUGUAUCAGGUGGCGGGGACCCUGGAGUUCACCUUGAUAGACUUCAGCAGCUUAGGCGACUAUGCCCAGAAGGCCGACAUGAUCAAGCAGACGGACAAGGACUUUCACGAGCAUCAGCUGGAUGUACUUCAUUCUAUUCAAUCUCAAGAACAAUUGGACUUGCUUGCGCAGUCUGAGGCGAGGGUCUACCGUGGGACGCUGGCACCCAAUCAGAUGUUGUUCAUCCCUCUGGGCAGCUUCUUCGUCGAACGGACGGUCGGUACUAGCGGCGUCUACGGCUACUUGGUGCCAUUCGUGGAGAACUCGGCUGCGUCCUACACAGCGUUCGAAGAGAUGUUCCGCCAGAUCGAAACGUGCCAGCCGAACAGCGCCACCACGAGGUUCUUUCGGAGCGCAUUGGCAGCCGCCACUCCCGAGCCCGCCAAGCAGGCCAGCCUGUUCCUGUCCGAGGGCUUCCGCACCACAAAAGACUACGCGGAGUGGCCCAUGCAAGCCAUCGAUGACGUCACCGCAGCAGAUGAGUGUGCUGCUGGGAGGUUGACGGAGCUGCUGAACUCUCGUCCGCUGGUCUUGCAUAACUACUACUCGGGCAAGGGAACGGAUGGUACAGUUGCAAGGCGUCUGAGCAGGGCUCUACAGAUGAAGUGCAUCACGUCGAGUCCUGACGCUAUCACAGCUUACAGUGCGUGCGACUCCGAACCAACGGCGCGCACCGUGCUUAGCAAUAUGCAAGAUGGCCCGGAGAGGAUCUUCAAGCACGUGUUUGGCAGCAUCCAAUCUCGCUUUCGCGAUGUCCAUGUCGACCAUGUGAGGAGGCUGUUGCACUGCGUUGGACAUGAUGCUCGGUUACAAGCGUUCGAAGAGAUGGACCGCUACCUCGAAUCGUUCAAGGGAGAGCUCUUGAAGGAGAGUGGCGCCGCCGAGUGCUUCGCAUGCGGCAGGGGAGCCUGCCCCAUUCGCCAUGGCCGCACAGGGAAGCUUGUUCUUGCAGUUGCAGGCCACAGUUGCCAGGAUUUCAGCAUCAGAGGAGCUCGUGAGGGAUCCAGUGGCACGCGCAUGGAGGAUUUCCUGUGGUUCAAGCAUGAGGUAAAAGACCUGGACCCCGACUUCAUAAUCUUAGAGAUCACCGAUGGGGCCCCAGAAUCGCUCCACACGGAUUUGAUCAAGUACCUGGAGAUGGACGGGAUCACAGGCAAGAUAUGCGCGGAGGAACUGUCGGUGCCAAUGCGCCGACCGCGUCGCUACACAUUCGGUUGGCGCAAGACCCUCUUCGAGUUCCAUGGUUCUUUCAAAGAUUACCGAGGCGUUCGCGUCAACAUCAGCAUCAGCGACAACCUUAGCCCAUUCAUGAGAGAGCGUUUCGAUCGCUACAUGACUGUGAGGGAUGCGUUCUGCGGGCUUGACGGCUGUUUCGUAGCUGACCUCCUUCAGGACGUGAAGUACGCGCCACCGGGGCCAGUAAUGCCAACGAUCACGACUCACAAUGCUUGGAUGGUGACGAUCACAGAAGAUGGUGUUAUCAUUCCUUUCACUGCGAAGGAGUUGCUCGCAAUGAUGGGCGACAACUGUUUUAGCCCGCCAAGUGGUUCAGAUGCGUUCCCCUGCUACUGGGCAGGUAUUGCAGAGUCUAUGCCUUUAGUUGCGCUUCGCCCGCUGAUCGGCAAUGCGAUGUGCUCUCAUGCUCUAGGCUCGUACCUCAUCUACUGCCUUGGCCAGUGCAAG